UGUGCCAGUUGCAAUCCCCACCGGGCACUGAAGUUCCUGUGGCACUGAUGGCACUGGCAUUUCCAGCAGAGCUGUGGCACUGCACGGGGAAGGGGACAGCAGGGUCAGACUGCCAUACCUUCGUUGCCAAUUCUCCCACAGAAAUGCCCUUUCCCAGCUGGGUGGGCAUCUCCCACACUUGGAUUUGUCCUGGGCAGUCACAGGCUGUCCCUUGCCUUUUGUUUUGGUGUGGGACCUCAGUGUGGGCUGUUCCGAGAUUGUCCCGGUUUCCUGGUUCUCACAGGUACUCCAGAUGAGGAAUUCAGGAGGGAAGAGGGAGGAUGCAGCAGCAUAGAUAAGGAAAAACUGAGGAAGCGGGUGUUCGCCAGUUUCCCUGAUGUGCAGAGCAUAAACAAGACAACCAGUGAUCCUAAAUGCAACAAAGUACCCCGGAGCCCCCCGAGCCCGCCCUGCGCCGCCUGUGCCGCCACCUCCUGGAGCACUACCACAGGGGCACCCGGCCCGUGCGGGACUGGCGAACCACCACCAACGUGGCCAUCGACCUCAUGGUCUAUGCCAUCCUCAGCGUGGAUGAGAAGGACCAGGUGCUGACCACCUACAUCUGGUACAGGCAGCACUGGACAGAUGAGUUCCUCAAGUGGGACCCAGCUGACUUCGACAACCUGACGCAGAUCUCCCUCCCUGUGGAGAGCAUCUGGGUGCCCGACAUCCUCAUCAAUGAGUUUGUGGAUGUUGGAAAGUCCCCACACGUCCCCUACGUUUACGUCAGCCAUCACGGGGAGGUGCAGAACCUCAAACCCAUCCAGGUGAUGACUUCCUGCAGCCUGGACAUCUACAACUUCCCCUUCGACAUCCAGAACUGCUCGCUGACCUUCACCAGCUGGCUGCACCACGUUCGUGAUAUCAACCUCUCGCUGUGGCGUCAGCCGGAGCUCCUCAAGUUCGACCGCAGUGUCUUCAUGAACCAGGGCGAGUGGGAGCUGCUCUACGUCCUCAGCCACUUCCAGGAGUUCAGCGUCAAGAGCAGUGACAGCUACGCUGAGAUGAAGUUCUAUGUUGUCAUCCGCAGACGCCCCCUCUUCUACACCGUCAGCCUGCUGCUCCCCAGCAUCUUCCUGAUGGUUAUGGACAUCGUGGGCUUCUACCUGCCUCCCCACAGCGGUGAGAGGGUCUCUUUCAAGAUCACCCUCCUGCUGGGCUACUCGGUUUUCCUCAUUAUUGUGUCUGACACGCUGCCAGCCACGGCCGUCGGCACGCCGUUGAUAGGCAUCUACUUUGUGGUGUGCAUGGCGCUGCUCGUCAUCAGCCUGACGGAGACCAUCCUGAUUGUGCACCUGGUGCACAAGCAGGACCUGCAGCCCCACGUCCCUGCGUGGGUGAAACACCUGCUGCUGGAGAGAGCCACCAUCCUGCUCUGCAUCCGGGACAGGAAGAAGUUCAGCCAAAGCAGGAUGCAAAGCUCGGACACCUCCAGGCAGGUGGAGAACAACGACAGCACAGCCAAGCCGACCCCCUACGCCUGUGAGGAGCCCCGGGAGUGCGGGGCAGUGGGGGGCACGAGGUCUGCACUGGCCUUUGCUGGCCGGACGGAGGGCUCAGCAGCCCUGCAGGAGGUGCUGCGUGAGGCCACGGCUAUCCGCCAGCUCCUGGAGAAGCGGGAGGAAUUCCGCGACGCCGCCCGCGAGUGGCUGCAAGUGGGCUACGUGUUGGAUGUGCUGCUGUUCCGGGUGUACCUGGCAGCCGUCCUGGCUUACAGCAUCACGCUGGGCACCCUCUGGUCGGUGUGGAGGGAUGCCUGAGCAGGGCCCGUUGUUCAGGGAGACGGGGGACCUCACUCUGGUGGGUUCUCCCUGCCUCUGGGACCCAGGCGGGCGCAUCCCUCAGGUCCCUCAGCUCCGCAGCGGGAAGGCGGAGCUGAGCAGGAGCCCCCAGGACCCCACGACCCUUGCCCAAAUCUCACUCCACGCUUUCCCUGCCAAGCCCGGGAGCGCCUCCGGCCCGGCCAGGCCCCGGCCGCGGUUUCAGCACCGCGGACAGCGGCCCCGCCGCCGGCCCGGCCGCCUCCCGACCCGGGGUCCCCGGCAUCGGGGGGGUUCCCCGGAAUCGGGGGAUCCCCACCGCCCCGGGGGUCCCGCUGGUCUCGGCUCCCCUACCCCUGACCCCGGCUGCUGCCUUUGUAUCCUGCCCCGGGCCCCCGGGCAUGCCUGCCCAGCAGAUCCCCACCACGCUUGUGCUCAGCAGUUUUAGCCAGGUGGGAGAGACCCCGUGUCAAAGCGGGAUGGCAACGGGAAGGACUCCGAGAGAUGCGCGGGGGCAGGACUGCCGUCACAGCCCAGUAGGUUCCAGCUCCCAGUGUCAUCUGCCCCUGCAAGGACAGAGGCACAAGGUGAAGAGGAAAGUGCUGCAGAUGCCAUAAGGGCCAUCCCGUGUUCUAGGAGCAUCUCUGCAUGGGCAGGUGAUGGGGAACAGGUGGGUUGGCACCACCUGGCUCUCAUACAUCUGCCCUCAAACCCACCAGCCCCAGAGCAAGGCUCCCACUCACCAUCUCAGAGCCAUCACCUGCAGGAAAACUUACCUCUGAGUGACGGGGGCUGAGGACGGGUGGAGCGGGCUGCUGCCAGCGCCGGCCCGCACUAAUGCGCUGAUGGUCUGUAAGUGGCUGCCUAUUGAUGAGGUGUCCAGUUAAAGAGUUCGUGAGACACUAAAUCAGCCCAUUGAUCCUGCCGAGAUCGAUGGUGCUACAGACCUGAUCAGUGCAGCGGGCAAUUAACACCCUCUGGAAUGAGCUGCCUUCGUGUAACAUCAAACGCUCCAACAGACAAAUCCAAUGGGGCCAUUGACCCGGGUGUGUGAUGCCACCCAGCCCAUGUGUUUGACGAGGGUACUGGGCAGCAAGACUCCUGAGCCAGCCUUGCCAUCCCUCUUCUGCCCACCAUGACCCUGAUGUCCCCCAAGGCUGCACUGCAAGAUGCUCAUCUGUGUGCUGUAUCCCAUUGAAUGCUUUGGUCCUUGUCCCCCUUGUGCUAGGAAGCCAUCAUGCACCCAACCUAACCCCCUCAAGAAGCUCAGCAGCCCUUUUCCCUGGAAGGACAGGCUGCCUAUCCUCGAGGAAAGAUUGAUUCUCCCCUUGCCCUCUUGCUACUUUGGGAAGUGCUGCAUGUGGGAAAAAGUUCCAGGCAUCUGAGAGAAGCCUGGAUUUUCCUCUUUAAAAAAAAAAAAAUCAAUAAAUCUGAAUCUAAUCUCCUAAUAAAGGUUUAAUGAGGACAUAAUGUUGAUGGAACAGAACAUUGUUGCAGCAUAAUCGCUCCCAGCUGCUGUGCGAGCGCGCACACAAAGGCCCGGCCCUGCCGCGAUUUCCCCGUUAUUGCAGCGCGCCUUUGUGCCAGGCUGAGUGCUGGCCACGGCCUCUUCCCUUCUCGUGGGGCACUGCAGCCCCCAGGUUGCUCACAGCAGGGCCACCUCUGCCUGCCCGAACCUGGACCAAAGCUCCCCACAGCUCCCAAACCUCGCUGGGGGGCUGUGCUGGGGGACUGGGGGAGGCAGGAGCGCCACCAGGACCUUGGGAGGGGCACGCUGGGUGUCAGACCUGCUGGCUGCUGGGCAGGGCAUGAGCCCGGCCUCGACACUGGCACCUGCCAUCCGUCCCUGCGAAAAACCGAAUGAUGCUCUGCCCUUGGCGACUCCAGCUGCGCUGCAAGAGAUGCCUGAUGGCCUCAGGAGGCCGAGCAUGGGGCACAGGCAGGGCCGGGUGUGCCGGCAGCCCCGGCUGGCCCGGCUGCAGCGCGGUGCUGUGCGCUUUGCCACAGCACAAAGGAGAGCAGGCGCUGCCGUUAAUGUAGUCAGUAAAUAAAUAAAGGAGGGCUUAAGCUUAGUGUACAGCAAUCAGUCGGGAACUACAGGAUAAUUAACGCAGCGGGGGGCCGGACGGCUCUGCAGGCAGGUUUAAAUGAACGAGUUCACUUUCAUUGAGGCAAACUUGCUCUGCUCCCUGGUGAGCCACAUGGGCAGGCAGCGGCGCAGGCAGCGUGCUGGGGAUGCUCCCUGCCCACGGGGACACUGACAUUCCAGGGAGACCCCCUCGCCCACUGGGGUCAGUUUAGGGAUAGGACCUCCUCAAUUCCCCCCUCAAAGCAGGCACCCCCAAACUCACCACUGUGGGUACCCCCAUGGCUCACCCCAAGCUGGUUGGAUGCAUCCUUCCUCCACCUCCACCUAUUCCUCCUCCUCCUCCUCUUGAUGGGCACAGGAAUGGGAGACAGCAGGCUGAGACAACGGAAUUAACUUUAUUGGUUGUUCUUUUGUUUUCUAACUGCAGAUUCAAGGUAUACAACUGAACAUUGCUAUUUUCCUUAUGAGACUUAUAAAUAAAAAUACAAAAAAUGUUCACUACAAAAAAAUCUACCGUUAGUAGGAUGUAAAAAAUAUUCUCUUUGCUAUAGAAGGCACGAACUUCACUUAGUGACACAUGGAGAGAAAAAAACCUGCAGCAGUAUAUUCUUCUUUUUUUUUUUUUUGUCUUUUUUUUUUUUCCUCUGUCAGAAACACUGAAGUCUUACAAAGAAAUGCAUCUGAAUCUACACAGGACGAAGGCAGAUGCGGAGAGCUGCAACUAGGAGACACCACAACUGGUUUAUUUAUUUUUUUUUUCUUUUUCUUUAUUUUUCAGGAAACUUUUAGCUAACGGCAUCUGUGGCUAGAGGACAGAAAGAGGACUCGCAAGCAGAACCGCAGGGGAGCGAACGGCGAGACAGGAAAAGUCGUACAAAAAAUAGGAGCCGAUAGAUACUCUGAGAAAACCAAAGGGGAGCUUGGGCACCUUCUGCGCCCGGGCUCAGAGAGGUGCUGAGGUAGACGGAACGAGGACAGCGACGGACCCGAACCACGAGCGGCAACACAGAGCAACGGGACGGGCAGGCGGGCGCUCACGACACUGACAACAAGCCAGGGGAGAGGGAGCCCGGGACCGUGGGGCCCCGUGCGGCGCUUGGUCCUCACUGCUAUCAUACACAUAUAUAUACUUACAUAUAUAUAUAUGGAGGGGUGGCGGGGGCUGCGCCACAGCCAACAGCGCGGGGACGCGCGCCCGGGAUACAGCAGCAUCACUCCAAUGCUGACCCCAACGCUGUUGCAGCGGGGGCUGUGUCUCUGAGGGAUGGUGGGAUGGAAGGGGAGGUUAAAGCAAAAAAAAAAAAAAAAA